CAGCCACAGCCCACAGCGACAGCGCUCUCUCUUUUUUUUCCUUCUUCCCUUCUAACGGGACGGAGGAGUUGGUCCGGUCAAGCCGCCAUUAACAGUUCCCCCGUCACCGUUAACCCCAUUGGGAAACGGAGAAACUGACCACCCUCCAUUGGUUGACCCUCUCCUGUCUAUGGAGUCAACUGUGAGAAAAUGGGUAGUAUAGAGAAAACCCAUGGCGUGCUUGGUGGAAGAAGUGGAAACUUCGCUGGCAGUGGUAGGGGGUGAAAUUGGUGAUGGUGAUUUGAGAAGGACGGCUCGAUGCGGAGGGAAACUACAAAGAUCUCGUCUUUCUCUCUCGGUUUCUUUUGGGUUUAAUUUAUUUUCUUCCCUAGUUUUUUACAGCGAGAAGGAGACUUGGAAUUGGGGGAGGAGAAAGAAACCAAAGAAUCGUCAAACUAAACCGGUGGCUCCGGUCAAUGGUUGAUAUACCUCCCUCCCUCUUUCUCCCUUUCUCCUUGUAAACCAGCCCUAUGCUUUUUCCCCCUGGUUUAGAACGCCCUCUCUCUCUAGAAAAGUCUUCCUUGUUUUCCUUUUUCCAUCUUGCAGGAGCUCUCUUGAGCUCGUAAUUGCCGCGAGAAGAAGAGGUUGGAUUUUGUUGAAGGGUUGAGCUUUGGGCUCUUCGGGUUCUGCUCCAACCUUGCCGGAAAGGAGAACAAGAAAGAGGAAAUGGCGCAGCAGCAGCAGCAGCAGCGUUCGCAUGUGCCUAAGUUUGGCAACUGGGAAAGUGAAGAGCAAGUUCCAUACACCGCAUAUUUCGACAAGGCAAGGAAGGGCCGAACCGGUGGGAAGAUGAUCAACCCAAAUGAUCCCAUGGAGAACCCAGAUUUGCUUCCUCCACCUAAAGUGGUUAAAGCUGAACCAGUAGUAGAACCCGCUGCUGGGCAGCUUGUUGUUCGACGAGCACACGACCGCAGGGAUGAUGCCAGUGAACUCAAACCGGCCGUUGGCUCUCCAGCACGCCCUGAAAAUGGGACCCGCAGAGCUGGGCCGGGAGGAGGCCGUGGAGGAGGAGGAGGAGCAGUAAGCCGUCCUGCAAGGAACAGUGCUGGGUCUGAUAACAGCUUUGAACGCUCACCACUCCAUCCUCAUGCUAGGAUCUCAGGAGGCCGUGCCAGUGGGGCACCGUCACCAGUCUGGGAAGGGAAGAAUUCCCAUGAGAGCAGUCAUAGUACACCUGGAAGGUCAAGACUGAGACCAAAAGGCGACGAGAGUCCUGAUAAGGGUGCUGCUGUUCCAAAGUUUGGGGACUGGGACGAGAACAACCCGGCAUCAGCAGAUGGAUACACUCACAUCUUCAACAUGGUGAGGGAAGAGAGACAGGGUGGCGUUGCAGGGAGGGGACCUGGCGGCUCGUAUGGCGACUCGUCCCAUGGCAAUGCUCGGAAGCACAACUCUGGCGAAACCACCUUGUGUUACUGUUUUCCAUGGGGAAGAAAGUGAUGGUGGAGAUUGAUAUUGGGAGGAUCAGGAAACCAACCAUUCAGAGAAAAAGGUGUGGGGGGAACUGUAAAUACCUUUCAAGGCUCUCUCUAAUAUCUGUUUCAUAUUUUGAUGUUUUGUUUUCAUGGAGAGCAAGCUGAUUCUCUCUGUCUUUUGUGGGUGAUUAUCUUGUGAUGUGAAAACAUAACUUAUACGCCAUUGUUUUCUGUGGAACUCUUGGCUCUUCUUUACUUUCUUCUCUUUUGAAUUUAGAAAAAAUACUGUUUCAAAUUUCUAGCUACCAUGGUUAGUAUAUUGAAUUGGGAAGGAUUACACAUAGAAUUCUUUCAUUGUUAGGAUUAUUAAGAGAUUUUCCUUCAUUUUCUUUUCGUGUUGUGUAAUUUUGCUGUAAUGCCUAAUGUUUGGACGUUGAAGGUUUUCUUACGUGAGGAUUAUUGUUGUCCUGGAUUCCUGGUAUUCAUUUCUUAAUCAUCUUCUAUUUGAGAUUACGUGGUUAUGUAUUUUUUUAACCGUACCGCAUCAAACUGGGAAAUGAGAAAUUUUACAAUUCUAUAUAGUAUUGGUGUUAUAGGU